AUAAAUUAUACGCUAGACAGCAUACACGUUAUCACGGCUCCAACGCUGGCAAAUGGGCACUCUCUGCUUUCUUUUUUCAUAGUGCCUGCCAUAUGCAUUUACUUGGUAUACGCUCUAAGGACCAAUUGCACCAAACUUGGACUUCCUGUUGUCGGACAUAGGGCUUUCUGGGAGCCCAAAUGGCUUGUACGAUUGCGUUUCAUCCGCGGGAGUAGGUCGAUGAUCAAGGAAGGAUACGAAAAGUAUCGAGACUUGUUCGUGCUCCGCCGUGUGGGAGCAGAUGUGGUUGUUGUUGGUGAUAACAAGCUUCUUAAUGAGAUCCGAGCCCUCACCAACGAUGCUGUGCGCUCUGUCAAGCCUUUUCUCGACGACUUUGCUGGAGACUGGACAAAUGGAAACAUCUUUGAGACGAGCGACGUACAAACUCGCGUGUUGCAAACGAAGUUGACACCAAAUCUCAGCACCUUGGUUCCUAUCGUCCGAGAUGAGUUGCAAUAUGCUUUACAGAAAGAGCUUCCCCCGUGCGAUGGUGAAGACUGGGUAGAGCUGAAUUUGAUGGAUGUCUUCCCACGUAUAAUUUCUCGGCUGGUUGCACGCGUAUGGAUUGGUCCGGAUCGUUGUCGUGACGAAGACUGGCUCUUAACAACGGCACAAUACACAGAGAAUCUAUUUAUCACGGGGACCAUUCUACGCUUUGUUCCAAAAGUUCUACGCCCAGCCAUUGCUCCGAUGCUACCGACAUACCGACAGCUUCAUCGUAACGUUAAAGAUGCUGUGCGUAUUGUUGGUGAACUUGUCGCAGAGCGCGAGAGGGUCGAUACGCCAACAGCUCACCAAGAUGUCCUGCAAUGGUUACUCGAAGCUGCGAAUGACCAAGAGCGGAAGGUUGAAAACCUGGCCCAAUUGACUCUACUUUUAAGUCUGACGGCAAUUCAUACAACAGCAUUGACAAUGGCCCAAGCACUCUACGACUUAUGUGCUCGACCUGAACUCAUCCCUGAGAUUCGUUCCGAAAUUGUCAAUGCCCUUCAAGGGCCGCAGUAUCAGGGCAGCAGCUGGACCAAGAGCGCACUUGAUGAACUCCACCUUUUCGACAGCCUGCUCAAAGAAUCGCAGCGACAAAGUCCCGUUUUCCUGAUGACCUUCAACCGCAUUCUUCCAAAAGCCCUCACUCUUUCAAACGGAGUGCAUCUUCCGGCCGGUACUCGCAUCGCAGUACACCGAACACCAACUUUGUGA